CGCUAGCGAGAGGCUGCGUACGUGCCUCACGUGGCUCCGCCCGCCCAGAUAUAAAGGGUGGCUCCGGCAGCGGCUCGCGAAUAGCCGGCGGCCGCAGCAUCUGUCCCGGGCGGAGGGGCAGCAGUACGGGUACCGGCACCGGCACCAUGGCUGAUCAGUCUUUUGUGACUCUAGCUACGAAUGACUCUUAUGUUAAAGGAGCACUGGUCUUGGGUUCAUCUCUGCAACACCAGAGAACAGUAAAGAAACUAACUGUGCUCAUAACGCCUCAGGUCUCUGUUCCCAUGAGGAAAGUGCUAGAAAAAGUCUUCGAUGAAAUCUUAUUGGUAGAUGUCUUGGACAGUGGAGAUUCAGCCCAUCUAGCACUAAUGAAAAGACCUGAGCUGGGUGUCACACUAACAAAACUCCACUGCUGGGAACUGACUCAGUAUUCAAAAUGUGUGUUCAUGGAUGCAGACACAAUGGUUUUAUCAAAUAUUGAUGAGCUUUUUGAGAAAGAAGAGCUAUCUGCAGCACCAGAUCCAGGCUGGCCUGACUGUUUUAAUUCUGGAGUUUUUGUUUAUCGACCUUCCAUUGAAACAUACAAUCAUCUGUUACAACUUGCCACAGAGAAAGGCAGCUUUGAUGGUGGGGACCAGGGGUUAUUAAACACCUUCUUCAGCAGCUGGGCAACAACAGAUAUCAACAAACACUUGCCAUUUAUUUAUAACUUAAGCAGCAUUUCUCUAUACUCCUACCUCCCAGCAUUUAAAGCGUUUACCCCAAGAGCUGAGGAAACUGGGAGUAUUUCCCAGCUGCUGAGGAGAGAGCCAGGGCAUCCGAGAAGGUUUGGUUCAAAUGCUAAAGUGGUGCAUUUCCUAGGAAGAAUGAAACCAUGGAAUUACACAUAUGACUCUAAAACCAAAAGCAUAAAAGGUGACACAAGUGAUCCCACAAUGGUUCACCCAGAAUUCCUCAACAUGUGGUGGCAUACCUUCAUCACCAACAUCUUACCCCUACUAGAACAACAUGGUAUUGUUAAAGACGCCACUACAGGUGUAAAGGCGCUAUCGGGCUUGGUCUAUUCUCUGGCUUUCUCUUGUGGCUUCUGUAGAGAGGACGAGGUUACAGAGGCAGUGUCCCACAUGUCACUUUCAGCAGCAGCACUAACUUCGCCAUCAUCUCCCCCACCAGCUGAAUCUUCAGAAGAACGGAAGGAGAGGUGGGAGCAAGGCCAGGCUGACUACAUGGGAGCAGACUCCUUUGACAAUAUCAAGAAAAAACUUGACACUUACCUCCAAUAGAAGCACUUCUAUUGCCGAUAUUCAUAGAGAUACAAGAACUUCUUCCCGAGCUAUUGCAGCUAGGAAAGUGUUGAAUGUGGUCAGUUAAGCUUACCUAGUAGCUUGAUAAAACUCAUCAGGCUGAAGAUCUUUGCAGUACUACAGGUGAGAACUGAGCAAAAGCUAUAAAGUAGAAAUCCUCGUGCCGGCUGUACCUGCACAAUCCUGAAGUCUUCCCUUUUAAGUAAAACUGCUGGAUAUGCCUAUUUAAAAAUAAAAACAAAAAACUGGGGAACAGGGCACUAAACUGGCUUGACACUUAUUCCUUUAAACCUGUAGGGCUGUGCUUUACCUCUUAAAAGAUGAAUGGCGUUACUCCUUUUGCUUGCUAUCUUAUAUAGGAGAUCAUAUAUUUUUGAGAUUGUUUAGAAGUUGAAGUGGUUGUAACACUGCCUUACUGUAAAUGUUAGUACUAAACUGUUAGCAUACAUGCAAACUUAAUACAACUUCUAACAGCAAAGGCACUGCUUUAUGGUAUUAGUCUCACACUGAAGAUCUUGACCAGGUUUUUAUGUACAGUACAUACAGCAUGGUAGAAUGUCUUUGUUUAGUUCUGUAUACUAUGGGACUAUAAAACUGAGUUUUACCUGUAAUAUUGCACUCAUUGCAAAAUAAAAACUCGUGAUGCA